AUGAGUUUCGUCAACAACAACUCACGCAUGUCGGUCUACUCUACCGCGUCCGCCGCCGUCCCUCGUCCCGCGAACCCUUCUUCCCAGGUCUCAACUACGACACUCCUCAAUGCCCUCCACACUUCGUUUUCCCAUAGUCAACCCUAUAAUCUCGAGGCAAGCACCAGCUUGGUAGUAAAUACCUGGGUAAAUGCGAGGAGCAUCAUCAACGAACGUAUCGGUGGCACAGUCGAUCUCGAGUUGGGUCGUAAGGCUUGGGAACACGCCCGCCGUCGAGCAGAAGAUGGCUGCAUUGUGCUAGGCUCCCUGCACGAAUCGACCCCUUCGUUGUUUUCUCCCUUCAUAUCCGGCCUGCCCCUCUCCAUCCCCGAAAGCUUCUACACGAGUCUGGAAGCUCUCCGAGCUUUCACACAUUGCGUUACUCCCCAGAACCCCUCGUACCCUAGGCACUCGUCUUUGGCCGCUAUCUUCACCAUCAAUCUCCAGGGAAACCUCGUUGGUGCUGAAAUCAAGCUGUCUACUUCCGGCAUAGAUACUAAGCAGGGCCUGCUUCAAAUCCCAGCAGAAGCUGGUUUCCGAGCCUUCGAUGCAUUCUACUACCUGAAUUCGAGCUCCGCCAGCAAAUCAGAACGUGAAUGGCUAAACCUCAGGCACCCCUCCGAGUAUUCUCUGCUCAACCGAUCCGGAACCUAUGAUCCUCCCUCGUAUCUCCCGGAUGCUGACGACGCGGCCGCGGCCGAGGACUUCAGGGCCAACCUGAAAGCGAUCGGCUUCAAGGGAAAUAUGCUCCAGAAUCUACUCAGUGCCUUGGCUGGAUUGUUGAAACUCGGCGAUACGCUCGGCUACCUGAUCGACGAGGAGAUGCUUCAGUCAAUCUGCGAGGAAUGCGGUGCACUUUUGGAUAUCAACCCCUUGACCCUCCAACAGAAGCUGAGCGCCAACGACCGUGAAGUGGCCAUCGGUGGCAUUUACGAGGCCAUCGUUGAUCGCGUCAUUCUCCAAGCGAACGCUACCAUCAAGGAGGAUAUCCGCAAAUCGCGAGCCCCGUUCUCGGCAAACAGUAGCGAUAUUGAUCAGCCCGGCAUUCUCACGCCCCCUUCGGAGGAUGAACUUGGUGAUAUCGUCAACAUAACUGUCGUUGAAGUUCCAAGCAAGGCGCUGGGAAAGGCCAUCGCGCUCCGUACCAUUUUCGACGAUAGCGAUGGUAUCAAUUCUGAAAUGAAGGAAGAUGGCGUUCCUUUCACGUCUGCCGGUACAUCCGUCCUCGAAAACAUGAGAGAAGCUGUUCAACAUUGCGAAGCUGAUCUCGGCGUUGAGGGAGCUGCCUACAGCCAACGACAAGUGGAACUCGAGAGGCGAGAGGUUGUGCUCGAGAAGAUCGCUCUUGACAUUCCCGAGGAGGACAACUUUGUCAAGGAGAUCCUGAUGCCCAUCGAGGGCGAAGGCGUUGUCCUCGGCAAGCAAAACCGCUUUGAUCUACCAAUGGCCGUGGCGAGUAGCCGAGUCUGGUUCCAUUUGGCUCUUCACCCCAAUGACAGCCCGCUCGCAACCCUUACGCAGGAUUUGAACAAGUCCUGGAACGCUGGCACUUUGUCACGGCAAUUGAGAGAUCUUAGAUUGCCGGAAUGGGCCAAUCGCCGCAACAGGAGUCUUGAUUUCACAGCCGACUUUGAUCAUCAAGAGUUCUACGAACGCUACCAUUUGCUCGGCUGCAUGGAAGGCAAAGAUGGGAUUCAGAACUGGAUCCUUACCCGUGGCUGGAGCAACGGCGAAGUCGUGGUAGGCCACCAGCGAGUCUGGAUGAGAGAGGGCACAUGGUGGGAGGCAGAAUCCCAGCUUGAUCUCAAAGGACAGGAGGUCGACUCCAACAACAUGCUAGGCAACAUGGUCGGAGCUGGAGGUCUCGAAAGUGGCUACUCCACCCAAAGCCCUGGCAUGGGUAGUGGUUUCUUUCCUCCCCUUCCCGAGAACGUUGCUCAGGACAGCCAAACCCACUUGCUGGGCCACCGCCAAAGCCAGGCUACCUUGGGAGCCCGCAGUGGACUGGGUGCCAAAUCGAUCGCUCCAACAACAGCACCCACAAUGAACAACCGCCCCGGUGACUACGGUUUGGGCAGCAAGGGAGACGAAAACAAAGGCAUCACAUACUACGACGCAGAGAGUGGCGGUAACAUGGUCGUCACCGAACAACCCAUCACCUUUUCCCGUAAGGUAUGGGUUGCCUUCGUAUGGGCAUUGACCUUCUGGAUCCCCUCCCCUGUUCUUAAGUGGGUUGGUCGCAUGAAGCGUCCCGACGUACGGAUGGCAUGGCGAGAGAAACUUGUUCUGGUUUUCAUGAUCCUUGUCUUUAACGGCGCCAUUAUCUUCUACAUUGUCAUUUUCGGCAAGCUCCUUUGCCCCCUGAAGGACAAAGUCUGGGAUCGCAAGGAGGUCGGCUUCCAUCAAGGUGAAAGUGAUUACUGGGUCAGUCAUCGCGGUGUCGUCUACGAUCUCACAGACUUCUGGAGGAGACAGCACAGCGAUAUGAACAUCAAAACCACCUCGGAUAACAUGAUGCCAUUUGCAGGUUUUGAUAUGGAUCCAUACAUCAUGCCACCCCUGAAUGUUGCAUGCCCGAAACUUGUCACAGGCGACACUCUUCAACUCAUUCCCAAUACCACCGUGGAAAACGCUAACGCUCAGCAUAUAUCUGGCAAAUUGGCCAGGAGCCCCAAAAGCGCUCUUGCAAAGAAUGACUGGUACCCGAAGAAAUUUCUUCCCAAAAUGGAAGAGUACAAGAAGGGCGAUCUCGUUUGGGAGAAGAAGAAGAUCGAAGACGAGGGCAAAAAUCUUAACCAUAUGUGGUUUACCAUGGGCAACAGAGUAUACGAUCUGACGGACUACUUCAAUACCCUCGACGUCAUGGACAAUUAUCCAACAUACCAAUUCUUGGAUUCGGAGCUGCAGAAGAUGGUUUCCAAUUAUGCCGGUACUGAUUUGAAGGAGGAGUUUGAAAACAAACUCAACGCAACCGCACAGGCCGACAAUCUCGACUGUCUGGACCGCAUGUUUUACAUUGGCAAGACCGAUUUCCGAAAAUCAGCCAAAUGUCAAGUCAACGACUACAUCCUUCUCGCCGUUGCAAUCAUUCUCUGCACAGUCAUUGGUGUCAAAUUCUUAGCUGCAUUGCAACUUGGGUCUAAACGCCGUCCCGCAAACCAAGACAAGUUCGUCAUCUGUCAAGUCCCGGCAUAUACCGAAGGCGAGGAUCAACUGCGUAAGGGAUUGGACUCUUUGACUGCACUCGCCUACGACAACAAACGCAAGCUGAUCUGCGUCAUUUGCGACGGUAUGAUCGUUGGUGGUGGUAACGACCGACCGACACCCAAGAUUGUGCUCGAUAUUCUUGGUGUUGACCCCAAAGUGGACCCUCCCGCUCUUCCGUUCUGGUCUGUCGGCACUGGCAGUGAGCAGCUUAACUACGGCAAGGUGUACUCGGGCCUCUACGAAUUCGAAGGAAACGUCGUUCCCUAUGUCGUCGUCGUAAAGAUGGGCAAGGAAUCAGAGCAGAGCAAAUCGAAGCCUGGUAACCGUGGUAAGCGAGAUUCUCAGAUCUUGCUCAUGAGCUUCCUCAACCGCGUCCAUCACCGAUCGGCUAUGAAUCCCCUAGAACUGGAAAUGUUUCAUCAGAUCAACAAUAUCAUUGGUGUCGAUCCAGAACUCUACGAGUACCUCCUCAUGGUCGAUGCCGAUACUAUGGUCCAGCCUGAUUCUCUCAACCGUCUAGUUGCAAGCUGCGCAAACGACUCUAAAAUUGCAGGUAUUUGUGGUGAAACGAGUCUGGAGAACGAAGAACGCUCUUGGUGGACCAUGAUCCAAGUUUACGAAUACUACAUUUCCCACAACUUGUCCAAGGCUUUUGAAAGUUUGUUCGGCAGCGUCACCUGUUUGCCUGGCUGUUUCUGCAUGUACCGUAUCCGCACUGCGGACAAAGGCAAGCCUCUCAUCAUCUCCGAUAAGGUCAUCAAGGAGUACGCCGACUGUGUCGUGGAUACUCUGCACAAGAAGAACCUAUUGUCCCUCGGAGAAGAUCGUUAUCUGACAACCCUCAUGACGAAACACUUCCCCAGCAUGUCAUACAAAUUCAUUCCUGAUGCGUACGCUUUCACUGCUGCGCCUGAGACUUUCAGCAUUCUCCUCUCUCAGAGACGUCGCUGGAUCAACUCUACCAUCCACAACUUGGCAGAGCUGUUUUUCCUAAAGGACAUGUGUGGUUUCUGCUGCUUCAGUAUGCGUUUCGUCGUCUUCAUCGAUCUCAUUGGUACUCUCAUGCUUCCGUCCAUGUGCGGUUACCUUGUCUAUUUGAUCUACCUGGUCGCCUCCAAGACGGGUCAAUUUCCUCUGAUUUCCAUCAUCAUGCUUGCUGCCGUCUACGGUCUACAAGCGAUCAUUUUCUUGAUCAAGCGACAGUGGCAACACAUCGGGUGGAUGAUCAUCUAUAUCCUUGCCUUCCCUAUCUUUUCACUCGUAUUGCCUCUGUACUCCUUCUGGAAACAGGACGAUUUCUCCUGGGGUAACACACGUGUUGUCAUUGGAGAAAAGGGUGCAAAGAAGCAAGUGUUGUCAACCGAUGACGAAGGCUUUGAUCCCAAGAGCAUUCCUCUGCAAAGAUGGGAUGACUAUGCACAGGCAAACGGACUUCCUGGACGUCGUGGUCUCGCUGGCCAGACAUCAGAGAAGGGCCACAGCGCUUACGAUGAUGAUGGCUACGAGAUGAACGACAUGCAAUCCAUAUACUCGUCGGUCAAGCCAGCGUCAACCAUUAUGUCCAACAUGCACCACAUUUCCCACAUGCCUCCACAGUCUCCUGGGCCUUACCAAGGAUUGCAGACGCGACAGUCUACCUAUUCCAACUUCUCACGCUACCAAGACCACCCUCAAGGCCAAGGUGAUGGCCGAUUGAUGUCCAUGGGAGGUAUGAGCGACCAUUACAACGCGUCACCCUAUGGAAACCGACCUGGCUUCCAGAGCUCAGACAACCUCAUGGCAUCGACGCCGCCAGUCCGUGGUCGCAGCCCUCUUGGCCACUCCGCCUCCAGGCCCGGAAGCACCGCCAAUUUCCAAAGCCUAGUCAACGGACCCACUGAUGCACAAAUCACUGAGGUCGUGCAAGCCUGUCUUCGGGAGGCUGAUUUGGACAGAGUGACUAAGAAGCAGCUUGUCGCCCUCGCCGAGCAACGACUCCAGACCCAGCUCACUGGAGAAAGGAGGAUUUUCCUCAACCAACAGAUCGAUCUCGAGCUUGCGAACAUGUUGUAG